GCGAAUAAGUACUCCCUACUCCAUCUCAGGACAGGGUAUAAACUAGAAAAUCACAGAGAGAAUUGGAAAAACACGGAGAGGGAGAGAGAGAAUGAAAGGAGGGAAAAAGAAGCCCAGUACAGAGUACGUAAAACCUCCUUUACCGCCACACUCUGACCACCCGACCACAGCGAAUGGCGAAGACGAUGUAGCAGCUGCGGCGGAGGACCACCGAGAGGAAACUGAGCGUUUUGAAGCUACAGGGGAGACUUUGGAAGAAGAAAACGAUGGAGACGUAGAUGAUGACUCCGAAACUGAAAAAGACUAUAACAACUUUGAAAGCCUGCAUAUCGAAGAGCCCGAGGCGGGGGCUGAGGCCGAGCGCUCGAAGCUUGCUGAUGGGUAUUAUGAGAUCGAGGCCGUACGCAGAAAGCGAGUCCGAAAGGGCCAAGUGCAGUACCUCAUAAAAUGGCGUGGCUGGCCCGAGGCUGAGAACACAUGGGAGCCUGUAAGGAAUCUAUUGCAAUGUUCUGAUGUUAUUGAUGCUUUUGAAGAAAGUUUGAUAACAGGUAAAAGUAGGUCGGCUCGUGGGCGAAAGCGCAAACAUGGAAUCACUCAUGCUCAGGUGAAGAAAAAACAGCAGCAGCGACCUUCUGUAGCUGCUACAUAUAAUGUGCCUUCUCAUAGGGUUGGGGUUGCGGAGGGCCCUAUGAACUAUCCUCAGCUAAAUAACUUAAAUGUUUUGAAUGGCAAAGGGAAAACUGAUGUCAGCGGUGUGAAUGGCUUUGAUAUAUGCAAGAAACUAAACGAGCAUGGUAUGAAAAUGGGGUCCCCUACGAGGGGAGAAAGUAACGAGCAAAAUGAAUUGGAUCUGAAGCUUUGUGAACUGAAGGAAUCAAUUAUGGUCAGUGAAGAGAACGCAAAUAAGUUUGGUGUACAUCAUUCACAAGAGAAUUUAGUUACUGGAGGAGACAUCCUUGCAAAUGGGUUGCCCAAACCUGAUGGUGGGGAUCCAGUUCAAUCUGACCGCUGCACUGGAGCUAAAAAGAGGAAAUCUUUUCCAGUUAAGAGGUUCAAGCAAGAGUUGGUAUUACGCAGUGGGGAUGACACACAAAAUGCAAUUUCUACUUGCAGAGCAUGUUGCAAAGUGAGGAUAGAUAUCAGUAACAUGGCUGCCUACAGGUCUGACGGAACUAAAGUGAUGGUGGACAACAAAUUCUUGAAGGCCAACAAUCCCUUACUUUCCCACAUGAUAAGUGGGUCGACGGCUGGAGGAUGGAUGCCACAUCGUUUUCUCUGGUUUUCUUCGUGUAUAGAUUGUUGUAAUUUUGUAGCUAAAGGUCAAAAGUGCGAGGAAAACCUUUUACUUAACAUUUUGAAACAUGUCAGUCCUUUUCUUUUUGGGUUUAUUUUUAUAGAACUUAUGCACACUUCUGAUUAUAAAUCUGUGUAUGUAUUUCGAAAAUCCUUUUUUUGGUUUGCUAGUAUCAGUAACAUGGCUGCCUACAGGUCUGACGGAACUAAAGUGAUGGUGGACAACAAAUUCUUGAAGGCCAACAAUCCCUUACUUUUAAUAAACUUCUAUGAGAAACAUCUACGGUACAGUCCCACAUGAUAAGUGGGUCGACGGCUGGAGGAUGGAUGCCACAUCGUUUUCUCUGGUUUUCUUCGUGUAUAGAUUGUUGUAAUUUUGUAGCUAAAGGUUAAAAGUGCGAGGUAAGUACUGAUAUGUUCUAUAGGGAUGCUGCUGAUAAAUAGUGUCAAGCUCAACUGUUCCUUUGCAGCUUGUUUGAUAAGAUGGUUUUGUACAGUAUUGGACAGUAUUAAGGACGAAAAAGAGGCAAGAAAAUUUUGUCUAUCGUAUUGUUUAGUCUUGUGCUGUCCAAUACUGUGUACCAAAAAUACAUUUGUAUUGGACAUUUUUUACUUUUUUACUGUUACGUAUUUAUCUAGACGUGGUUUAAGUAAAAUUAAAGCUGAAA